CAGACGUCACAUUGAACUAGCAUCAAGCGCAGAAACGUUAUGCUAACGCAUGAGCAUCAGCAGUUAUGUCAUGGUGCGACUGAAAGACUGGGCCAAGUCCACAGCGUUGAAAUAUAACUUCACAGCCGGUCUUCCCCAGCUCUCAUACUUCACUGUUCUGCAUCUCCUCAUCUACGUCUUAGCUACUUACCUUGCAUUAAAGUAGCCUAACCGAUUCAGUCGCAGCCUAGAACGCAGAUCCGUGUCGAACAUGUCGCUUUUUCAUCUUCCAGAACCACUGCCAUCAACAUCCAUCGCCCUUGGGCAAAUCACUACCAAUCCUCUAAACGCUUCUUCCGACUUCAUCAAGCCCUCAAUACCUACAGACUUCAUACAAAAGGCAAGCUGUUCGAAAAAAGAAAACGCAGAGUCCACAGCUCAACUUACCCUGACCGACCCAUCACAAGUCUUCGACACUUUGCGCAACGACACCACAACGCAGGACGUUCUCCGCAAGCUAUCGCAACAAAACAAGCCAAUUUACUUCGUCACCGGUCUCCAAACUUCCAAAUCCCCAAGUCACAAGCGCGCGACUGUGUCACACGAGCCCAUAACCGAGGCUACCGAGACCCCGCAAACCCAAGUCCAACUACCAUUCCGACGGGUAGACUCGGCAUCUAACAUGACAUCCUCUGGCGAAGAAGUUUCAGUCGUUGCAGUCGAGAUACUCAAAGUAAAAUGCCGCAUUGGCGCCGUGAAUGAACCACAUUGUAUUUCGGAUGUGGACUAUGUUUGGAGCUACCAUGCACUUGAGGGUGAAGACGAAGACUUGCAGCUAUCUAUUGGGCUAGGAAAAGCGGUGGAGGAACAUGAGUGGAAAGCUUUGACGGGUAGGAAAGAAGAACAGGAGGAAAAAGACGCUGAUCGCAACUGGUCUUACGAUUACGAAGACAGCGACGAUGGUCUCGGUGGGUUUUGAGCGGGGACUUCUGUAACCAAAACAUCAAUCCAAAAUCUUACACCCACAUAAUCAACAGGACUUUCUUCCAAGUUCCUCUAAUGUCUUCCACAAUUGGAAGACCG